GGUCAUCCUGAUUAUAAAAGGCUUGCCGAUAAUUCGUGUAAACUGUGUAAAUCGUAGUAGGUCGAAUUUGUGUAGAUCGUGUUUGAUAUAUAUCAAAUUAUUAUAAAAUGGUAUAUUUAAAAAUUAUUGUAUAAAGAAAGUUACCAUUAUCAUUGUUAAGGACGGCACAAAAUCAUCCUAUGCUUGUUGAAUUAAAAAAUGGCGAAACAUACAACGGGCAUUUAGUUAGCUGUGACAGCUGGAUGAACAUAAAUCUUAGAGAGGUUAUAUGCACAUCUAGGGAUGGUGACAAAUUCUGGAGAAUGCCUGAAUGUUAUAUUAGGGGUAGUACAAUCAAGUACUUACGAAUACCUGAUGAGGUUAUCGAUAUGGUAAAAGAAGAUGUGCAAAUGAAAUCGCGUGGUCGUGGAGAAAUGAAAGGAAGAGGACAAAAUCAAAGAGGACGUGGAAGUGGAAGAGGUACUUUUGGUCGUGGCGGAAGAGGCCCUGCACCUCUUGGACGUGGAGGAGGUAAUCCAGGCGGAAAUAAACCACAAAAUAAAGCAAGGACUAAAUAAAAUAAAAUCAUGUUGUAUUUUAUUUUUACUUUCCCCCCAAAAAAAUACAAUCCAUUUUAAACGUAA